CACACACACAGUGCUGUAAAGAAGUAGGUUCUUUGCCCUCGCUCUUGCAUAACUGUGUUUGCUGACUCUUAACUGUCAUCAUGGAGACUUUGUCUGCUGUUCUUGCAGUUGUGGGUUUGAUGUUCAUGGUGUAUUUUUAUGUGAAGUUUCCAUACUUCCUGCACGACUGCGCGUUCGCAGUGAGAUCAUUAAGGACCAGGACGAGGCGCAUGAGGUUCCGGAGGAGAGUUCCGCUCUACACCGUGCUGGACUGCUUCCUGGAUGCAGUGCACAGACACCCACACAAAGCCUUCAUCGUGUUCGAGGAUGACGUCUACACGUACCUGCAGGUGGACCACUGGAGCAACAGGGCAGCACAUGCGGUGCUUAAACACGCGGACCUGCACGAGGGAGACACCAUCGCACUACUCCUGGGCAAUGAACCCUACUUCGUCUUCCUCUGGCUUGGACUGAUGAAGAUUGGGUGCAACAUGUCUCUGCUCAACACCAACAUUCAGGGCAGAUCUUUACUGCACUGCUUUUUGUGCUGUGAGGCGAAAGUGCUGAUUGCUGGGGCAGAGUAUCGCAGCACAGUGUGUGAGGUGCUGCCCGAGUUGCGUGAACGUGGUGUGCAUGUUUUCCUCUUGUGCGAUAAUUGUGACGUGGAUGGACUUCAGGCUCUGAAAGACAAGAUAGACAGCAGUGAUGACGGACCUGUGAGUCACACGCUGAGAGCGAACAUCAACAUGAGAAGCCCUGUUGCAUACAUCUACACAUCAGGAACUACAGGUCUCCCUAAAGCAGGUGUUGUACUUCAUGAACGAAUAUGGGGUGGCACUUUCUUCCAGUACCUGUUUGACGUCAAACAUGAUGAUGUCAUCUAUAUCCCCCUCCCCCUUUACCAUGCUGCAGGACUGAUCAUUGGCCUGAAUGGGGCGAUAGAGAGGGGUAUAACUGUAGUGUUGAGGAGGAAGUUCUCAGUGUCUCAGUUCUGGAACGACUGCAGGAAGCAUAACGUGACGGUGAUCCAGUACAUCGGCGAGAUCAUGCGCUACCUCUGUAACGCACCCAAGAGAGAGACGGACCGGCAGCACAAGGUGCGAAUGGCCAUCGGAAACGGACUUCGCGCCGACGUCUGGCAGGAAUUCCAGCACAGGUUCGGUGUGAAGAACAUCCGAGAGUUUUACGGUGCCUCAGAUGGGAACACUGCCUUCUUGAACUACACGGGGAAAGUGGGAGCUGCAGGGAAAGUCAACUUUCUGCAGAAGAAAUUCUCUCCUCAUGCACUGAUUCAGUACGACACUGACAUCCAGGAGCUGGUGAGGAACAGCAGGGGGCGCUGUGUCCCUGUGCCUACAGGUGAAACUGGGCUCCUGGUGUGUAAGAUCACCAAGAUCACCCCGUUUGAGGGAUACGCAGGAGAUCCACAACAAACCGAGAAGAAGAAGCUGCAUAAUGUGUUUGAGGAAGGAGAUGUUUAUCUCAACAGUGGAGACUUAAUGAGGAUGGACCACCAGGGUUUCAUCUACUUCCAGGAUCGAGUUGGAGAUACUUUCAGGUGGAAAGGAGAGAACGUGGCCACCACUGAAGUAGCUGAUGUUAUUUCAGAGCUGGAUUUUGUUGGAGAUGUGAACGUGUAUGGUGUCAAAGUUUCAGGUCAUGAAGGGCGUGUUGGAAUGGCGGCACUGACACUGCAGGACAAGCAACAGUUUGACUGCAAAAAAGCUUUCAAUCACGUCACCAGGUUCCUGCCUGCGUACGCCCGACCUCGCUUCAUACGCAUCCUGAGGAGCAUGGAGCUCACUGGGACGUUUAAGCAGGUGAAAAUGUCUCUAAUGAAGGAUGGAUUUGAUCCUGAGAGAGUGACUCCGCCCAUCUACUUCCUGCAAGAGAGCAGCGAGAGCUACAUCCCAUUUACACCCACACACUAUCACGCCAUCAUUUCAGGAGAGAUCUGCUUUUGAACACACACACACACACACACACACACACACACACACACACACACACACACACACACACACCUACCUCCAUCACUAGGUCACGCCUCCCCCACUACGAUAGACACAAAGGCCACCAGAUCACUAAUUCACAAACACCUCAUAAUAUCUAGUGCAUUAAAAUCCAGCUUACUGUGUGAUUCUGAUUUUUUAAAUAAGAGCAUUGUGAGUGAUUUUUCAUUUCACUUGAAUAAAUUGAUCAAAAUCA